AUGGAUGUCCAACGCCUUGACAAAGCUAACUUGAGCCGGCGCCCCUCCUUCACCAGCCAUUCAAACAGUCCGCCACAACUUCUCGUAGUGAAAUCAUCCAAGAAAAUGCCAGAUUACAACCACACUACACAGUCACAGAAACAUGAACUUCAAUUUCACAAGCCUUCAAAGAAAGACCUCUCAAGAAUCUUGAGGACACAGUCUGCCAUCAAAGCCAUUGAAAAGAAAGCCAACUCUUCAAAGUACAAUAAUCUCUGGCCCAAGGCAGUUUUGGAAGCUUUAGACGAUGCUAUAAGAAAUAACCAGUGGGAGUCUGCUCUUAAGAUUUUUGGUCUCCUGCGUAAGCAACACUGGUACAAGCCUAGAUGCCAGACAUAUGCAAAGUUAUUAGUAAUGCUUGGCAAGUGCAGGCAGCCAAAUCAAGCUAGCUUGCUGUUGGAAGUCAUGCAAUCUGAUGGCCUCCAACUGACAAUUGACGUUUACACUGCACUUGUCAGUGCAUAUGGCCUUAGUGGUCUCCUUGACGAGGCAUUUCGGACUGUUAAUUAUAUGAAGACCAUCCCUGAUUGCAAACCAGAUGUGUUUACUUACUCAAUCCUUAUCAAAUGCUGCAUUAAACUUGGCCGUUUUAAUAUGGUGCAACAAAUUGUAGACGAGAUGUUGGGCUUGGGAAUUGAAUGUAACACCGUUACAUACAAUACCAUGAUUGAUGGAUAUGGUAAAGCUGAACUUUUUGAAUUGAUGGAAAGCUCACUGACGGACAUGCUUGAAAGUGGUACAUGUCAUCCAGAUGUUUUCACAUUCAAUUCUAUGGUUGGGGCUUAUGGUAGAUCUGGAAGGAUUAAGCAAAUGGAGAAGUGGUUUGAAGAGUUUCAGCUUAUGGGGUUAAAGCCAGACAUAAUGACAUGUAAUAUACUGGUUAAGUCAUAUGGAAAAGCUGGGAUGUACAAAAAAAUGGGCUCUGUUGUGGAUUUUAUGACGAGGAGAUUCUAUUGCCCAACGAUUGUUACGUAUAAUAUAAUUAUUGAGACAUUUGGAAAGGCUGGGGAUAUUGAGAAAAUGGACGAGAUUUUCCUGAAACUGAAGCAUCAAGGUCUGAAGCCUAAUUCAAUUACUUACUGCUCUCUUGUCAGUGCAUAUAGUAAAGCAGGGCUUUUGAGUAAAGUUGAUUCAAUUGUGAGGCAAGUAGAGAAUUCCAAUGUAGUUCUGGAUACACCCUUUUUCAACUGUGUCAUCAGUGCCUAUGGGCAUGCUGGUGAUGUGGAUAAAAUGGUGGACGUGUUCAUGGAAAUGAAGGAGUACAAAUGUAAACCAGAUGAUAUCACCUUUGCUACCAUGAUUGAAGCCUGUCUGGCGCAAGGGAUGAUUGAAGCUGCUCAAGAUUUGGAGAGUGAGAUGGUUAAGGCAAAUAAAACCUCAGAAAUGAAGUUUCUUGGAUGCUAG